AUGAGUCGCCGAAAUGCUUCUUCAGCUGCUGAUGGCCUUAGGGGUCUCGUUCGUCCGGCGUCUAAGGCUGGUGACGUUCGUUCCUCUGCUCAGAAGUGCAAGACUUUGUCUGCGACAAGAUUUGGACCAGGCAGAAACGAGCACCUUCGUGAGCGUGGCUUCCAGGCCGAUGUCGUGGUUUGUGCUGCUGUGCUUGUUGACGCCCAACGCGCCCGGUUGAACCUCGAUGCGAUUCUCGGGGAGAGGGGACGCAGUGCCAGUCAAACCGGGGACAGAAAGAAGCAGAUAUUUCAAGAUAUGAAGGAGUUCCGGCGCUACCUCCAACGACUGGAAGAGUGGCUCGCUAUCACGGGACGACCAAGGUACUACAGAAUUGGGCACUCCGAGAAAGACCUCGGACCUAAUCCGACACAAGUUACUUUUUUGUAA